UCUGCCUAGUCAUGCCAAAGUGACCCGCAUUCUCCAAGUGUCGAGAGAAAGCGGGUCAGCACUAAAUAUAUCCUCCAGACCCGUGAAAACAAACUCAGUUUGUGUUUUGCAACGCUACGAGGUGCAUGGCAUUUCUUUCAAUGGUUCGUCAAAAACUCUUUAAAGGAUUUACAGAGAAAACUAGACAUUCGUGUCAGCGUCACAGUCCUGUUUUCACCUAGAUCACGGUUUUGUUCACGCGUGCACCCUCUUGAGCUUUGAAACACAAUGGACUACAUGGAACAGAUGGAUGAAGAUCAGCUCAUUGACUUUGUGAUUCAAAUGAGUCUCCAAGACGCGUGCGGCCUCUCCGUUUUAAACGAGCCGCUAAGCACUUUAGAAACAGCCAGUGAUGAAAACCUCAAGAUUUUAUCAGCCAUCGAUCAAGGUGAUGUGUUUGCGCUGAGGCAUCUGCACAAGUACAGUGACGCCUAUAAAGAGAGAGACAGCAAAGGCUGGCUUCCGAUGCACAGAGCUUCAGUCCAGCCGGACGCCCAUGUGUUGGACAGCGUGCUCCUAGCAUCCCACGAGCUGAGCAUGGAGGAGAUGACGACUGACGGAGACACUGCUUUGACUCUGGCUUGCGGAGCAGGACAUGUGGAGAACGUGAAGGUUCUUCUUCAGCACGGAGCAUCUCCACACAACAUGAACAGCAGGAAUGAGAAUCCACUCCUCCUGGCUGUGAGGGCAAACUCGUAUGAAAUGGUUCAUGCCCUGGUAAUGAGAGGAGCCUUCGUGCAGCAGGUGUGUUUGAAGAAGUGGACGGUCAUCCACGAGGCUGCUAAAGUGGGUUGUGUGGACAUCUUGAUGCUGCUGCUGAGACACGGGGGGAAGGUCAUGGGCCGGGACGGUCACGGGGUCACGCCGCUGGGCAUCGCCGCAGAGUACGGCCAUCCUGAAAUACUGGCAAUCCUUAUCCAACAUGGGGGCGAUGUCACAGCACAAGCAGCGAAUGGGGACAGUGUGUUAUAUGACGCCGCAGGCUGUGGGAACCUGGACUGCAUUGGUCUACUCUUACAACACGGCGCCAGUCCUAACGUAGCCAGUCUUUGCUCUCAACUGCCCAUUCACCGUGCAGCCUAUGAAGGGCACUACCUGGCCCUGAAGACGUUCAUACCCAUCACCACUAAGAGGGCCAUCCGUCUCUCUGGGAUGAGUCCGGUUCAUUCUGCGGCGGACGGAGGCCAGGCUGACUGCCUGGAACUGCUCAUCACGAAAGGCUUUGAUGUCAACCCAAUCCUGGGCUGCCAUAUUUCCGAAAACUACGGCGAUAUGAGGAAGACCCCGCUGUACUUCGCCAUCUGCAAUGGAGACGUCACCUGCGCCGAGAUGCUUCUGAAAGCAGGAGCGAAGCCCGACCUGGACCCGCUGCGCUGCCUCCUGGUGGCCGUCAGGGCUGGGAAGUACGAGCUGGUCCGGCUGCUUCUCGCCUACGGAGCGGACGUCAACUGCGUCUUCUCCGUCGUCAGUGACACCUUGUUUCCUACGGCACUGCAGUACUGCCUCAAAGAUGAAAUGAUGCUGCGCCUGCUCCUUAACAACGGUUACCAUGCAGAAAGCUGCUUCGAGUGUUACCACGACAACUGCGUAACGUCAUACACGUGGGUAGAGGCUUCUAGUCGGUCGUACCAAAUCAAGACCGCAACGAAUAAAGUAACCUUUUGUGAGUUUAUUAGCGUGUCAUGGAUGGCACACUUGGCGGGGCGGGUGGUUCUGACACUCUUAGAUUACGUGAACAACGUGCGCAUCUGCUCUAAACUGCAACGCAUUCUGGAGAGACAGGAGGAGUGGCUCGAUAUCUGUGACGUCCUUAGGAACCCACGCUCUUUGAAGCACCAGGCCAGGUUGGUUAUCAGGGGAUGUAUGACACUGAGAAGACUGAAUGACCCAGAGAUCAUGAGCACCGUUCCUUUCCCCCCAGCACUGAAGAACUUCCUGCUUUACAAAGAAUAUGAUAUAUAUGGUCGAAUGGAUGAACAGUAGAUAUAUGUUUUUUAUUGCAACUUAUUUAUGAGUGAAACUAUUUGUAAUUUUGAGAUAAUUUAAAUAUGUUUUAUAAACAAGAUGUUAAAGAUGUGCUGCAUAAAGAUGCGUUUAUUAACAAUAAUACAUGAUGCAUACUUUUCAUAUAGUAAUGCUCACAAAAUAAAUCAUCACCAAGCCCAGGCCACAUUUCACCCAAAAACAAUAAAAAAAAAAACCAAAAAAAAUAUGCACCUUUUUGAUUUUAGAGUGAAACUUGACCUGGACAUGGUCUUGACAGGGUUCCCAAAAACUAAAUAGUCUGGAUAUGCUACAUAAAUACAUGAUUUACUCUGGAAA